CCAUCAGGGAUCCAUCAGGUCGUUUGCCUCCUAUAUAAUCAUUAAAAAAACUACUGUUUGACGUAGGUGUACGAAUUAACAAUGAGUUUGUCGAAUCAUAGUGAAUAUUAACAUAAAAAUUACACCUUAAUUUGGCAUGAAGAUAAUAUAUACAUAUUUAUAGCUCACGAGUUUACUUAGUCACAGUUAAAUGAAGAAGAAUGUACUUUGUCGUAAAUGUUGAUUAGUAUAUUCAUGCCAUUCGGGCCGUUUAGAUGUUUUUUUUUAUAAGGAAUGACUGUAUAUGUUCAUUUACUAUUGAGUGCUCAAAAUAAGUUACAAAUUUGAUUUCUAAAGUGUUCAAACAUGGGAAUUGCAUUUAAACAGUAUUGGACGAUGUGCGGUGUUAUUUUGAAUUUAAUAACUGUUGGAUAUCAUCUGGGUUACACUACAAUUCUUUUUCGGGAUUUAAAGGCGUCUGGAUCAGAUAUAAAGCUAAGCUUAGAAGCAGAGUCAUGGGUGGUAUCAUCGAUAGCAGUAUCUUCUCUGCUAUCGGGGUUGAUGGUCGCACCCACCCUACAAAUACUUGGAAGGAAAUCAGCGCACAUAUCUGUCGUUCUUCCAAACCUCAUCGCGUGCCUAAUCCUGUACUUUGCUCAGGACAUUACGGCGCUGGUUAUAGCCCGCUUGGCGUCUGGAUUCACAUUCGGGACAACAAUAUUCGUUGCUGCCAUCAUAAUCGGAGAAUACUCAAGUCCUGAGUAUAGAGGUGUAUUCCUACAUGCGAAAUCAGCAAGUUACACUAUAGGUGUAUUUUUGGUGCAUUGCGUUGGUAUAUUUUAUGACUGGAGAAUGACGGCCCUUAUAGGACUGAUACCCUCAGUGAUGUCUUUAAUAAAUACAUUAACUUGGUCAGAAAGUCCAGCGUGGUUGGCAUAUAAAGGAAGAUAUGAAGCCUGUGAAGCAUCGUUUCAACAGUUAAGAGGAGACAGUUAUAGGGCUAAGGAAGAAUUGUUACUUUUAAUGCAAACGCAAAGGAAUCGAAGAUUGAGUAAAAUUCAAGGCAAAUCUAAAAUAAGCAGCUUUAGACAAAACCUGUCAAAGCUUGGUAAGAAAGAUUUUGUAAGACCUUCAUUGAUCGUGUUGUUUGUUUUUGUUAUUUUAGAAUCUUCCGGCCGGCAUUCGUUUUCAGCUUACGCUGUUAGAUUUAUGUCUGCUUUUACCACUAAUAAUGCUAAUACUUUGUAUUAUGUCCUUGCUGUAGAUGGCGUUGUAUGUAUUUGUGGAAUAUUAUCUUGUGUGAUCGUGAAACUGUGUCGUCGGCGAACAAUAUUAUUUACCUCUGGCAUGUUAGCAUGCAUUCUUUUAUUAUCUAUUUGUGUGUAUUUGUACUUAAAAGCUAAAGGCAUAGCUCCUGAAGAUAACAUCUGGUUACCACUAACACUAUUAUUUACGUAUCAUGUUGUUAUCAGCCUUGGUGUUGCGCCAGUAAUCAUGGCAUUACUAGGCGAGGUAUAUCCAUUAGAGCACAAAGGUUUCGGGACUAUAGUUUCGGGAGUAUUUUUCUCCUUAUCUAUAUUAGUGGCAUUGAAAGUGACACCUGCACUGAUCAAAUCUGUAGAAGUAUAUGGAACGUUUUUAGUGUAUUUAUUGUUCCUGGCGGGAUCUUUUGUAUAUUUGUAUUUAUUUUUGCCAGAGACAGAAGGGAAAACUCUGCAAGAAAUAGAACAUCAUUUUAAAGGUAUUCCACUUACGUUGCAAAAUGAUACUGAAGAUAAGUUGUUAACUUGUUAAACUGUUAAUAGUAUAGGUAUUUUAAUUUUUUGCAUAUUUAUUUUAAAUAAGUAUUUAUUAUUUCCGACAAAUGCUGAUGAAGGAAUGAAAUAUUUCUAUAAGUAGAUUUGUACCUACAUGCAAACACAAACAAAAAAUUUACGUACCGUAAAAUCGGACGAAUUUAAAAUCAGAGGCGACUUUGAAAUUAAAGCGAUAGGUAGUAUAUUUUUUAUGGUAGACCCAAAAAACGAUGGAUGGAUUGUGUGAAAGAGGAUAUGAGAAAGAAAGGAGUGAGUGCUGAGGUGACGAAAGAUAGAGGAGAAUGGAAGAGAAGAACAUGUUGUGCCGACCCCACGUAACGUGGGAUAAGGGCAGGAGGAAGAAGAAGAGGUAGUAUAUUUUUUUGGAGUUUACUACUUGUGAAUCAAUUUUUAUGUAUGAGCCCGGAAAAUACAAAUUUAUGGGGAGUGAAAUCAAACGUUACGUUAUAUUUCGUGCACAAAUUAUCUUGCGCAUCCCCUAGCAACAGCUGCAUGGAACAACUUAAUUAAAUUUAUUCAGUUUCUACAAAUAACAACUGUAGGAAUUUGCGGGUGUUGAUCUUAAAUUUUGUAUUGUAUGUAUUUUAUAAUCGUUAAUGAGGUAAACUUCAGUCCUGCUUCAGAGCUGACACACACACACUUUCGUGGAAUUUUUAGUACUAAGUAAACAUCACUUCAUAUUAAUAAAACUAAAUAUAAACAAUUUGAGUAAAUAAUGAUAAGUGCUAUUUAUAUGGCCGUUCUGAAAUUUAACCAAGUGACUCAAUGUUUUUUAGAAGUUACCUCAUUUUACGGUACUACUAAUAUAAAUUAAGAUCAAAGAUCAAUCUGACUGCGUUACAUAUUUGAGAGAAUUCAUUGUUUCUGUAUUUCCAGAUAUAAAACUAAAAAACAGAAACCAGCAACUUACGUAGAUUUUACUCACACGUUGCUGAGCUUAAACGUUUAUUAAACUUGCAAAGUUGCACUUAUCAAAUAUUAAUGUAAAAACAGUAAAUAAUCGAAAUCGCCUUUACAGUAAAAAGCUUUUCAACUUGUCAAAAAUUUUGACUAAGCAAUAAAAAAGUUGUCAUUCAAUCCGCAGCAUUCGAGGCGAGAAUUAAUAAUCGUCCUUCAGGCCAAUUCCAUUUUGACACUUUGAAACAAUUUUCAUCUUACUUUGAUGUGACCUUGAGUCAUGUCAUCAGGCUUCUCACGCACACCAAUAAGUGCGGGCGAAGUGGCGAAAAAUAAAUGGCCUCUCCCAUACAAAAUAUCAACAUCAGUGAGCCAAAAUGUAUAGGAGAGUAAUAUUUUUCUGCAAUUUUGGGGUUGAUCCAAUAAUAGUAAAAAUUGCUCAGUAUGACCUGUGUAUAUAUAUUCACCCUGUAAAUUAUUGCAGAUGACUGAAUGAACACCCUGUAAUUUUACUUCAUAGUUUGCUAACUCUUUUAAACACACGAACUGAAUUUCGCUUCGUAAAGAGCUCACAAAAAAGAAGUCCCUCGCUGAUUGGUGCAGAGGCGCACGCUGGCUUAAAGUCGUGUCAAAGUAAGAUCAAAACCAUAUCAAGUUCAUAAAACUGAAUCGGACUCCUUAAUUUAAUACAUGGGGCUCGAGCAACAAUCUCUUUGAGCUACAAAUCUUGUCGACGGUUGUAAAAAUUCAUCCCCAAGUUUUAUUGGGUUUGUUAGACAAUUCAUAAAUAACGCCUAAAAUGGUUUAUGAGAAACAGUGAUACUGCUUUUUGUAUUUUUAUUUGGUAGCUUAAAAAAUAUUAAUAAUUUCCUCGGUCACUUAGCAUAGAAAAGUACUGGUAAUCUCUCUCGAUAUUUAAUUUUAAAAGCAUAUUUAAAUUAAUUUUAAAGGUACAUGUACUAAUAUUUACAUUUUACGGUU